ACCAAAGCUAUAGCUUUCCAGAAGCACGUUGCAUCAGACCACCUUGCACAUCACAUCAAGUCUCAUGUGACGAGCUGUACUCAUGCACAGAUUCAAUAGAUCGAGUGCUGAUGCAGGUCAAUCAAUGCCAUCUACCAUCAUUGUGCAACACAUGCCGCAGAUGAGACGAUGGUCUAAUCACUCCCGUUCGGGUCGAGUUGAGGAUCCGUAGUGAUGGUGCUAUCUGUACGACGCUCACGUAGCAUUGCCGUGGCCCUGAAUACGACGGAGCACAGAAGUCUCGCGUAAGAUUGUGGAACUCCAUGGCAUCGUCGUCAAUGCCGAGGGUGAGCCAUAUGCAAGACCAGCGUUCAUUGACGCGGACAUGUUCGUCUCGAAUGGCGUCUUUGUGUUGUCGAGUGUCGUAUUCGCGGACGAUCGGCAUCAAGGAGAGGAGUGAUGCCGUAGCUCAAGAUGAUAUAAGAAGGCCUGGAAUCUCCUUCUUACUCCAGCAUUCCUCUGACCAGUGCUCUCAUCUUCCAUCAUCUCCAAUAUCAAGAUCAUUUAUCGCUCCGAAAGAUCUCCCUCUCGAUCAAUCAAUCAAUCAAUCAAUCAUCAUGAAGGCCUCCACCAUCUUCUCCACCUUGGCUCUUGCCGUCGCUGCUCUCGCCAGCCCCGUCGUCGAGGAGCGAGCUGCCACCACCACCUCUUCCACUGCCGCUGCCACCCCUACCAACUACGGCAACUACGGAAAGUACGGAACCUACGGCAACUACGGCAAAUACAGCCGCUCGGCUGAGGCCGAGGCUGACAUCGAGGCCCUUCUUGAGUUGGCUUCUGCCAUCAAGGCCAAGCGCGAGGCCGACAUCUGAAGGGAUUUUUGGGAGGAAUACUUGGAUGAUUGAUAAAGAGGGAACCAACAGCUCAGUGGACUCGUUACGAGAAAGACGUCCCGAAGCAGGCGAACAAGUCAAGAUUGAUAGAGUCUAAUCAAGAACUUAUCGUCAUCU